AUGGAGUUGUAUUUAUUGUAUUUAUUGCUCAUGGAGAAAUUGUCCAAAGUCUCCAAACCUGUGCGACAGAAGACUCCUGGAAACCAGACGGAGGAAAAUGACGAGAUACAGGACGUGAAACUACAAACCAAGCAGGAAAUGCCAGAUGAAGAACUCACAGACAAAAAAGUGAUGGCUGGAGAAGCUUUGAACCGGAGGAACAUCUGGGAGCCGAGUGUUUACUACGCUCUGGGGAAGGAGUCCUUUCAUUUUGCGGGUCAUGACAUCAGCAUCCGCGAAUCAAUAGAUACUUAUGGCGCUCUGAUCUGGCCCGGGGCUGUCGCUUUGUGCCAGUUCCUGGAAAAUAACCGGAGUCAAGUGAACCUGAUGGACAAAGCUGUUCUGGAGAUUGGAGCCGGGACUGGUUUACUCUCCAUACUGGCAAGUCUGCUGGGGGCUUGGGUGACAGCCACCGACCUGCCGGACAUCUUGCCUAAUCUGACCUUUAACCUUCUGCGAAACACCAGGGGCCGCUCCCGCUACACCCCUCAGGUGGCGGCCCUCACCUGGGGUCAGCACCUGGAGCAAGACUUUCCCCAUCUCUCCUACCACUACGACUACGUGCUCGCGGCAGACGUCGUCUAUCACCACGCCUCCCUGGAGGAGUUGCUGCAGACCAUGCAGUACUUUUGCCAACCAGGAAGUGGAACGACACUGCUUUGGGCCAAUAAGAUCCGGUUCCAGUCAGACCUGAGGUUCAGCGAGCGCUUUGAGAGCAGUUUUAACACAACGUUGCUCCCCGAGCUCCCACAGCAGGAGGUGAGGAUCUACCAGGCCACAGCUAAGGAGUGA